GCGGCGGCGGCCGCAGGAGCGGGAGCGGAGCAGAGCGAGGCGGCCCGAGGGCCGAGGAGCCGCCCGGCAGCGCGGCAGAGCCCUGGCGGAGGAGCGGCUCCUGGCAGCCCGCGCUGCGGGCCCGCGGCUCUGCGUGGACCUGGGCUUGGCGGACCGCAUGACGCCCAAGGAGACGAGCCGGCUGGCCGCGCAGAUCCGCAGGCUGUACGGGGCCAACAGGCAGGCCGAGCGGCCCUUCUGGCUCUGCCUGACCGAGUUCGUGGCCGGAUCGCCCAUCCACCGGGAGUGCCUCCGCAUGAACGACGGCUUCUCCGGCUACUUGAUGGAUACAACUCAAGAAAGCUACCUGGACCUGUUUCCUUUAGAUGCUAUUGUUUAUCUCACUCCUGACUCUGAGAACGUCCUUGAAGAUAUUGAUCCCCAAAAAGUGUACGUCCUCGGAGGCCUGGUGGAUGAAAGCAUACAUAAGAACCUGACCCUGCAAAGGGCACAAGAGCAGUCCUUGCAAACAGCCCGCCUCCCAAUUCGUGAGUAUAUGGUAAAAUCCACGAACACGAAGAACUACUACUCAGAGACGCUGGCAAUUAAUCAAGUCUUUGAUGUCUUAUCGACUUACUACAAAACCCGAAGUUGGCCAGAUGCCUUGAAAGCUGGAGUGUCUUCUGGAAAAGGCUACGUGCUUCCAGAUGCAGAGAAAGAAGUGAAAAUACCUCAGCACGACAGUGCACAAGAAAACUCUUUAUUUCCUGAAAGUUAAGGAGCUGUGCAAGCAAGAGUAGCAACAAGCAGAGGCACCAGUGUGAAUGUGUGCAGAGAAAACAGCUCUGCCUAAAUUUACUUACGUACAGACCUUGGCAGGAGGGACAGAUUCUGCCUCAGCAGUACAGUGCUGGAAAUGACUUCACCCUGAACAGAAAACAGAAGCCAGCUGAGCCCUGAGAUCAGCAAAGAGUUGGUAGGAUUUCUUUUUUUUUUUUUUUUCCCUUUUUAAAUCAGGAUUAAACAGGAAGAAUUGUAGAGCACACCAGUUAAUAAAAGUCCUUCCCACAGAACAGGACAGUAUUGUUCUGACUGAGCACAGGAUGGGAAGCAAUCCACAGUUAAUAGAGCAGCAGUGCCCAGAUGCACCAUAUCUUCAUACUUGUUGUAUGACUUAGUGUCUUGGUGUGUUGCUGAAGCCUGUAGUGAAUCCUGUGCAUGCUGGUCACAAUCUCUCUAAAAUAAAGUAUUUAAAUUUCUAUUGCCUCCUUACA